CUCCAGUUUAAAAACCAGGAAACAAAAACGCAGAGGAAUCCCAAGCCCUUCUUCGCACUCCUCCCGCGUCAAGUUUCGAGUCUUCAUCGCCUGGAGUAAUACCUCUCAGUCUCUCACCGUCCCACGAUUCAGCAAGUUCUGUGAAGAAAUGGAACUUGGGACACUUUCUGAUCCCAGCCAAUCCACAUUCUCUUUGGUUGAUGAGGACCACACAUUUGCAAAUGCUAUCAGAUUUACUUUGAAUCAGGAUCCAAGGACGAAAUUCUGUGGGUACAGCAUUCCUCAUCCAUCAGAUAACCGGGUUAAUAUUAGAAUCCAGACUACAGGUGAUCCAGCGAAAGAUGUAUUCAAAGAUGCAUGUCAGGAUCUCAUGGUGAUGUGCCAGCAUGUGAGCAACACUUUUGACAAGGCUGUGGUUGAUUUCAAAAUGAGCAAGUCUGUGAAUGGCAUGGAUAUUGAAUCAAAUAGUUAAAUUGCUCAUGUGAGAUUCUUGUUUAUCUGUUUACUUUUGAUCACAAAUGUAGCUUACGGUGGAUGCAUAAUAUGAACUUACUGGUUUGAUUAUCAGCUUCAUGUAUCUGUGUUGGCGGUUGGAGUGAAAUUAUUUCAGUUACUUGGUUAUGCUGAUGGAAAAAGACAAUUAGGUUUUUCCUCUCUUUUGCUA